AUGUUGAAAGAUGGGCUACAAACCGAGAAUAUCAGCGUAACUAUUGUGCACGGUUAUGGGCUAAGGCUGAUGGUAACAAAAAAAACUAAUCCUAGCGGGAUAAGAGCGAAGCAACCAGUACAAGUUGGCAAUUCCAAUGAAGAUUUUGAUUCUGGUAUUUGGGAACCAGAAGAUCCAAUGCAUGGAAUAGAAGAAAAUGAUUUAGAUCAACAAAAACCUGAAGAAGAUCUACCAAACAUUUAUGAGGAUGAUGAAGCAAGAGUAUUUAACGACAAAGGCCCAACGCUUAUUGAACUCAAUGAUGUCUCAGAAAUGAAUAUUCAUGAAGAUCAAGUUUUAAUAGAAAAUGUUCAAAGGGACGGCAAUGUUAAUGACAAUGAAGGUGUAACUGAUAGACAAGAGUCACGGCGAUACGUCAGUGCUAGAGAAUAUCUAUGUUUCAGGCUACAGAUUCGUGAAGGAGAAUUUAAUAUCAUGUUUCAUGGCGGAAGGCUUUUCCAGCAAUGGGCCAUUGAUAUGUAUGUGAAAGUGGAGUUAAUGCGUUUAGACUGGUACUCAAAACCGGCACAUCAAGAUCUAAUCCAUGCUGAUCUAUACCAGGGUCUUCUAGACACUCUCGCCGCUAGAGAAGCCCGUGCGUCACAUGCUGGUCUUAGAAUUGUACUAUCGAAAGAUUUUCCAGGAAGUGACCGUGAUGUACAUUCAAGAUUUAUGGAUGCCAUGGCUUUGGUUACUCGAUAUGGAAAACCAAAUUUUUUUGUGACAAUGACAUGCAAUCCAUAUUGUGAUGAAAUAGUCGAACAGUUAUUGUUGGGUCAAACGCCACAAGAUCGUCCAGAUAUAGUGGCAAGGGUUUAUAGAGCAAAGCUAUGA